AUUACACAAUAAUCCAGAUAACCAAGAUGUGGAAAAUUUUUCCUCUUUCUCCUCCUUAAAAAGAUUGAAUUCUUUUUUUUGCACAAGAUACUAAACGUAUCAAAUUUCAAGUUUUCCUAUUCCAAACUUCCACAUUCAAAAUGUUUCUCCUUUUGCUUGACAUUAAGCUUCUGGCUUCACAAUUAAAACACAUCAAAUAGAUCUCAGGGUGUCACCAAAAUGUGUAAUGCUACUAUGAUGCAUGUUUAAAUUUAGGCAGCCAUGUAAUCUGAUUAAAGUCAAUUUCUGCAAAGUCAAACACCUAAGCCAAAGAAAAGGUUUAAUAUUGUUUCUUUGCUCAAGUGCAUUCAUAGCCAUUUCUCUAAAAUGUUGAAUCAUCUGCAUCCCAGUUAAAAAAUACAAUUCCAAGAUACUAAGUGUGCUGUACAAAUAUUAAGAGUACCACAGACAGAUGCAGCACAGAUUAAUUGUUCAUGGUGUGCCUCUCUUCCUAAAACACCAAAAACAUCUUAAUAGCCCAAUGAAGAGAACUUGAACUGUAGUUGAAUUAUACUGAACUACUGAAUUAAGUUAAAAGUAGCAAUCCUCUUGUUUAGCACAAUGGUUGAUACAAGAAAUCACUUUGUACAGAAACUUGAAUUCAGUACUCUAGCAAAAUCCUACCAACUUAGUAAGAGUUUUAUGCAAGCACUUCAAGCACUUCUGAAUUAGUAAGUGUUAGUAAGGCCUGCAAGCAUUUGCAAAACUGGGGUCUGAGAAUUUAGCCCUUUAUCUAUCUAUUUACAGUAAAAGAAAAGGAAAUACUAGUUUAUGCUGCAUUUGUUGAAUUCCUAAAUCAAUUUAGAUAAUUUAUUUGCAGUAUUUCUGCGGGUUUGCGGUUUUUCAAUCAUCCCAUACCUGACCAACAUUUAUAAUGCCUUUCAUUCCUGCAAUAAAUUUUAGGUAUAGGAUAUAAAAGUAGUUUUUGUUGAAACAGCUUACAGAAAGAAUCAUCAUACUUCACGCUCUGAAGCAUACAAUAAUGACUGGUAAAAUUAUCAAGGACCCUAAUUAUUGCAUUACUUUUAUACAAAAUGCAAACUCUUUUGAAAUACAAUAUAGGAGCAACAUAUUUGGGUUUGGUUUUUUUUUUGUUGUUGUUUUCCAGCAUCAGCAGAACUAUGAAUCUAACAGAUUAAUAACUGAAAAACAGAAAAAAAAUCAAAUAACAUAAAAAAACCUCCCAUGCAAUAAUUCCAUUGAACACAACACUCUGGAUUAUUAAAAUGAGCUAGGUAGACUAACCAUAAUUUAAAAAAAACUCCUGCUAAACAAAACCAAUUUGACAUAAAGACCAGCUGACUUUUAAUUAUAUUUUAAUUAAAACCCAUUUAUCUAAAUGAAAAACCCACUAUGAACACAUGAACUACGCUCACCAUGGAGGCUGGGCAAACUCCAAGUAUGUUUUGAAAUGCGGAUGUACCUAAAAUACAAGUUUGUUUUUUUUUAAGAUUACAAGAACUGAACUAAACCAAUAUAUUUCAGAUUUGGCAAGGGAGAGGAGGAGGUUGAUAACAUACUAAGUAAUUCAGUACCUUCAUCCAUAUGACCUUAGUCUGCCUGCAGUUAAAUUAGUCUAUACCACCUGAAUAAUUUUACAGUGGAAAAAAACUAAUGUAUAGCUCAUUACUUUCCUAAUUAUUUCCUCUUCCUUCGGGACAAAUAAAAAGGCAUCUUUGCAGUUCAUCUCUGAAUAUGGCUGUGCAUAAUACUACUUCAAAAAGCAUUACCACAGAUCUGCUGAAUACAGUGAUCAGUGUCUUCACCUAUAGAUACACUACAGCAUCUGACGUUGUUUUGACAUUUAAUCUAUUUUUUACACUCCAAUAAAAGAAUCUGCAACAAAGAAAAAUACCAUUAAUUUAUAUUACAAGACACUGUAGUAUAAAUUUAUAGCAUUUCUCAACUCUGUAGGUAAGUUGGUACAAUAUAUAAAUAUCAAAAACAAAGCCCCCAAAUCAGAACAGUAACCUAAAAAGAACCAAAACAGAUUUUUAGAAGGCUGCAAAGUGCUUUGAAAAUAUUAAAAACAAAACUCAACUGUUGCCCCAAAAUUUCUUGCUAUGAGUUCUGUUUUUUCACAUCUUAUCCUGAAGGGCAGACAAUGCUAAAUUUAUGACAGCACAAUUUCUCAGAUAUUUAUCAUAGGUUCCUCUCACUCGUAUUAAAUCCCCCAUUGUUUCUCUACAUUGCCUAUUCUAGAAAGACAUGAAAAAGUAAAAAUUAAAAAAUAUGUGUUUUUUUCCCUACCUGUAUAUCCAGUUUUAUUUACAACGCCUUGAGAGAGAGAAAGACGUUAUGGUACAUUUACACCAAACUAUCCGACAUCAAUCUCAGCUGUUGACUAAGACUACGCGUACUAAGAAAAAGUUAUACAAACUUUCACAAUUACACACUAAUUUUUAGAACCAUCACACAAUGAGAAAAAAGUUAUCAACUUUAUAAAUACAGAAAAAAAUUAUAUGGUUUUAAGAACAACGAAAUUACUAAAAAUAUAUUUUUUACCGUACCUCCUUUAAUUUUUUUUUUUCCCAGAGAGUUGAUCUUUACAGGUUAUUAAAAAAAAAAUUAAAUUCUUCAGCCACGAGCCUUUGUAUUUUAUUUUUAUUUAAAAUAAAAAUUCACAUAAAUUAUAAAAUAUUUUGUUUUGGCCAUUUGGCUCCCUCCUCCAAAUUGACACUUUAUAAAAACCUUCUGUACUUUUUUUCCCCCUCCCUCUCUCCCUCUCUACUACCUCCAAGAUGGUAGGAAAGUUGUUGUUUUGGAGGGCAGAGGAGCCGAUCUCUGAUGUUAUGUCCUCUCGGUGCCUGUAGUGGUGCUAUAGGAGGCUGCUGGCUCUCUUCUUGAGCAGCCCCAGCAGCCCUGCCUUCUUUGCUGGAGAAUAUAUUCAGGGAUUCCCCUUAAUAAUCACCUACCCUCUGAGCACUUUGUAGUUUUAAAAUAAUAAAGAGCCCCCAAAGCUUCCUCCCCACAAAAAGCAGGAUCUUCUCAGAGACAGGGGGGCAGCAGCUCCUCAGCACAGAGCCCGAGCACAUUCCCAGUCCCUCUGCUGGGGAGGAAACUCUGAUCUGUCAGCCCAACAGAGGGAAAGGGGGGAGAGGAGAGAGAGGAGGGAAAAAAAAGCAGCUGGAAAGGGAAAAGAACGUCUGGUAGUUGUGAAGUGAGUGCACUGGAAGACCCACCAACGCGCUUCACCCCGCACAGACAAUCUGCUUCAUCUUGGUUCAUCAUCAUUCCAGGAUAGUGGUGUCCUUGGGGCUCUCUCUUGACAUUGACAUGGUACAGAAAAUUUAAAAUCAGCUGAUGUUCACAAGGAAUAGAGUCACGUGAUGUAUGAAGGCAAACACAUACACUUCUCUGAGGUUGACAAUAAGCCCUUGUGCUCAUAUAGCCCCAAACUGUGCAAGCAGAGGCGACUUAACGGCUACGCCUUCUGUAUCAGACACGUUCUGGAGGACAAGACUGCCCCCUUCAAGCAAUGUGAAUAUGUGGCCAAGUACAACAGCCAACGCUGCACCAACCCCAUCCCCAAGUCUGAGGACCGUAGGUACUGCAACAGCCACCUGCAGGUACUUGGCUUUAUACCGAAAAAGGAGAGGAAGAAAAAGAAUGAUCCCAUAGAGGAGGUAAAGGUCAGGCAUCAGAUGGAUGCUAUGGCCUUCAGUCUGACAGUGCCCACCCUGGCCUUGAAGAUGCCCAAUGGGCUGGAUGGGAUGUCCCUCUCCCCUCCAGGGGCAAGGCUUCCUCUCCACUACCUGGAGGCAGAAUUAGAAGACCCCUUUGCUUUCAAUGAGGAGGAUGAUGACCUAAAGAAAGGGGCAACAGUGAAGAAAAAGUUGCAGAGCAAGUUGGCUCAAAACCGGCAGCGCCAGAGAGAGACAGAGAUUUUAAAAGUUCGCCAAGAGCACUUUAGCCCCAUUCCUGCACCUUUGCAGCAGCAGCCUCUGCAGCAGCAGCACUCCCAUCUGCCACCUUCAUCAGCUUCGUUAAAGCCGACAGGGCUACCGCAGGGCAUAGUCUGCAAGUCACCUCAACCUCUGAACACCAGCCUACCAAUGCAGGGAGUGGCACCCACCACACACACUAUAGCACAAGCGCGGCAGUUGUCUAACAAGAGACCUCUGCCUCUCCUGCCACCCGCCAGGGCUCCUGUCACGGACCCUCCAAGGACUGACCGGGUCCUCAUGAAAGCCACAGCCUUCUCUCCGCACUCGUCCUGCAUGAGCCGGCUCCAGAGACUGAUGAAACUGUGCACUCGAAAACAGCAGCUGGACACUGACCUGUUUCCUCACUUAGGGCUGGAUUGGUCUGAAGACAGUGGAGAGGAGUUGGAGGAUUCAGAGCAAACCUCCCCUUACCAGGUUGCGUGGUCUAUCCGAGAAAGCCUCGGCUAUGAGAGACCUGAGUCCGACGAUGACAAUGCAGAUGACAGGAGUUCCAGGGUGACCAGACUUUGCACUUACUUUCAGCAGAAAUACAAGCACCUCUGCCGCCUGGAGCGGGCAGAAUCUCGCCAGAAGAAAUGCCGGCACACGCUCCGGAAAGCCUUGCUGCAGGCGGCCAGCAGAGAGCCGGAGCGCGCGGGGCAGCUCUUGCAGGAGCUCCGGAGAGCUACAUGUGCUUGUACCAGCACAAGCCAAGCAAGGCAGAGAGAUGCAGAACCAACAACCUGCAGUGGGACUUCAAAGGGAGAGCAGUGCACUAACAAGGCCCUUCCAUUCACCAGGCACUGUUUUCAGCAUAUCUUAUUGAACCGUUCUCAGCAGCUCUUCUCGAGUUGCACAGCCAAGUUUGCAGAUGGUCAACAGUGCUCUGUGCCAGUUUUUGACAUUACACAUCAGACACCUCUGUGCGAAGAACAUGCCAAAAAAAUGGAUAAUUUCUUGAGAGGGGACAGCUCCCGUAAAGUUCAGCACCAGCAGCAGAGGAAACCCAGGAAAAAAACAAAGCCACCUGCACUUACCAAAAAACACAAGAAGAAGAGAAGGCGAGGCCCACGCCGGCCCCAGAAACCCAUUCCUCCUGCAGUGCCCCAAGGGAACCUCACCAUGCCUGCCAGUGUCUCACUGCCAGUAGAGAUACCCCACAUACGGAGCCCAUCCACACCAGAGCUCAGUGCCGAUGAGCUGCCUGAUGAUAUCGCCAAUGAAAUCACAGACAUUCCACAUGACUUGGAAUUGAAUCAGGAGGACUUCUCUGAUGUCCUGCCACGGCUGCCCGAUGACUUGCAAGAUUUUGAUUUCUUUGAAGGUAAAAAUGGAGAUCUUCUUCCAACCACAGAAGAGGCUGAAGAACUGGAACGGGCCCUACAGGCUGUAACUUCUCUUGAGUGCCUGAGUACCAUUGGAGUACUUACACAGACAGAUGGUGUGCCAGUUCAGGAGCUGUCAGAUAGAGCGAUAGGGGUGUUCUCUACAGGUGCUGGAGCUCCAGGAAUGCAGUCCUUGAGUCGAGAGGUUAACACGGAUCUGGGGGAGCUGUUGAAUGGGCGUAUAGUACACGAUAAUUUCUCCGGUCUGGAGCUGGAUGAGAACUUGCUCCGUUCUGCUACCUUGUCCAACCCACCUACGCCCCUGGCAGGGCAGAUCCAGGGGCAGUUCUCAGCCCCAGCCAACGUUGGCCUUACUUCUGCCACUCUGAUAAGCCAGAGUGGCCUUGGGGAGAGAGCCUUCCCGGGACAGUUUCAUGGACUUCAUGAUGGCAGCCAUGCCUCCCAGAGGCCCCACCCUGCCCAGCUGCUGAGCAAGGCAGAUGACCUGAUCACCUCACGACAGCAAUACAGCAGUGACCAUUCACACUCCUCACCCCAUGGAAGCCAUUAUGAUAGUGAGCAUGUGCCGUCUCCCUACAGUGACCAUAUCACAUCCCCUCACACCACACCCUUUUCUGGUGAUAACUUGGCAGCUACCUUCUCAGCAGAGAUGCCCAUGAUGGCACAGCACUUGCUACCAACUCAGCUGGAUGUGCCACUUAGCGGGGUGGUCAACCCCAGAACUCACUGGGGAAAUCUUCCUGUCAAUCUUGGGGACCCCUCUCAGUUUAGCAACCUUCUUGGUGCAGAUGGACACCUCCUGUCCACCUCCCUGUCCACACCACCUACCACCUCGCACUCAGAGACCACACAGCCUGCCUUCGCCACUGUGACCCCCAACAGCUCCAGUGUGCUUCCGGGGUUACCGCAGACCAGUUUCAGUGGCAUGGGUCCUGCCUCCGCUGAACUCAUGGGCUCCACCUCCCCUAAACAACAGCUCCCUCAGUUCAGCGCAGCCUUUGGGCACCAGCUGAGCUCCCACAGUGGCAUUCCCAAGGACCUGCAGCCCAGCCACAGCUCCAUAGCUCCUCCCACGGGCUUCGCAGUGACCGGUGCCACCGCUACCAGUACCAAUAACGCAUCCGCGCCCUUCACCACCUCCAACUGAGCUUGUCUGCCUGGCUCCCUGCAGGUAGCAUCUGGCAUGGAAAACUUGGCUUCACACAUUGAUUUGAGAGUGGUGCACUGAAGUCCUAAAUCAAGAUCAUGAUUCAAGGAUGAGUUUGGCAGUUUCUUGAAAUAGUCUCUUGACCUCCUCUGUGUGUGUGUGUGUGUGUGUGUGUGUGUGUGUGUGUGUGUGUGUGUGUGUGUUUGGGGUGCAGGGAGCAGCGAUUCCUUUUCCUCUUUUAGUGAAGAAGUAGGAGUUGACCCCUUCCAGAACUGGUCACUGUUCUUACUGCAUGCUGAUUUUUGGGUUUGUUUAGUAUCAUUAUUUGUAAUUCAUUGAGUAGCAAAGGGAUCAGUUGACUGGUUGCCCAUAAAUUUGAAGGCUGAUAUUGAAGUUAGCCCAGGAAAAAAAAAAAAAAAGAAGAAAGAUAAACAGAAGGAUUGAAAUAUAGAUCAUGGAUUAGAGAAGAUUCCUGUGAGAAAUUCCCUUUCUUGCUGAAUUACUGUGGCCUUGUAGCAUUGAUGAUUUGCCUUUUCAAGUGUGUCUGUCCAGAACUCUUUGCCUGACAGGCUGACAGGAAUUUCCCAGCUGAAACAGGAAGAAUUAGGUUGGUUUUCUGCCCAUCCACACAGGUCUAGGUCAGACCCAUUGUAAGUUUCAAAUGGAUGCAAUUCUCACAAUAUGUCUAACUAGUGAGACUUUCUUGGACAGUUUUUAAUCCCCUGAGAGCCAUAUAGUUUUUCCAACACUUGUAGGGCUUGAUGCUCUGUUUGGGAAGCUGAAUGGAUGUAAGGAACUAGCAGGUACCUGUCAGUAGUCAUGGCUAACCAAAAAAGAAAUCACUAAAGCAAAAUAGGUAACAAUUCCUUCUGUCAGCAGGAUGGUUUUGUUUGUACUGAUCACCUGCUAACGACAGUAUUCACUCUCUGGUAGUAAUUGCAGUUCCUAAAGAAAGGAGUCAGCUAGGUUUUAGAUUUUUAAAAAUAAUUACUAUUUUUUAAUUUUGUUUUUUAAACCAAGAGGUAAUAGCAGCAGAAAUUCUGAGGUGUUUACUUGCAUCUCCUUAUCAAGAAGGAAUUUGCUUAUUACUCUAUAGGGCUCAAACUUGCUACUGUACUCUGACAGUAAAAGUAGUUCCUGUUUAAUACAAGUCUCUACUCUUUGUUGUUUCAGAGAUGCAGAUGAGAGAAAAUAGAAAAUUAUACAUUUCAAUCUUGUAAUCUAAAUGAUGGAUUUUCUUUUACCUUACAGUAAAAAGUCCUACCUGUAUGUCUUCUAGUCUAUUUCAGGAAAUUAAGAGAACCAAGUGCAUGUAAUAGGGAGGCCUAAUAAACUUUCUGAACAAAGGAUCAUUGAAUGAAGUUUAGUUGCUAUAGAAAUUAAUUUCAUUAGCAGCAGUCAGGCACACACCAAAAUAUCUGACCCAAACCUCUCCUUCCAUCUUCCUAAGGAACAGAGUUUAAAUGGAAUAGGUCCUGUGUCUUCUUACUGUUGUAGCAAUCAUACUAUCCCUCUUUUCUUGAAUAAUCUGUCCUCUUUAAAUACAAAAGAGUAUGGAUGAUGCAUAUGUCCUUUUCUGAAAUUGCAAGUGUAUGUGGGUGGAAGAAACAAAAAUUAUUUUCAUGCUUCUGUUGUUAUGAAGUCAUUAUUACAUACUUGGUAAAAUAGAUCUUAGUAAUAUAAGCCGAAUAUUUCAAGUGGUGAUCUAAAUAUGUUUGUAACACUUAAAUGUUUUUAAAUCACAUAAAAAGUUUAAUUGAAGCCUAUGAAAGCCUGCUUGUGAUUGUCCUGCUGAUUGAGGAAUGCCCAGUGAUAUUGUGAAUGAGGCAAAUCUGACAAGGCUUUUAUUUAUUUUUGUAUUAUGUUACCCAUACUUUGUUGAGGAGACAACUGUUUGAUUUGCAGAUUAUUUUUGUUGUGCUCGUAUACCUUCUUCAAUGUGCUGGGAUGUCUGACUGAAAAAGAGUGGAGAACUAGUAUACCAAAUGGUUAAUUCUUUAAUUUGCUUGUGUAUUCAUGUAAUUUUAAAGGGUGUUAAUUUCUGUGUAUUGGUUUCAGGACCUUGGUCUUGAAAUGGUUCUUGUGCCCAUCAGACUUCUAAUGAAGCUGCAGCUAGUGCAGAGUAUAUUUGCCCCACAUCAUAUUUCUCUUUCUUAGCACAUGCUGGGGGGGAAGAGAGGAUGGGAACUGAGAGCCAAGUUCUGCUUGGUUGUGUUGGUAUAAAUUACAGAGUAGCCUUCUGGUCUAAGGUCAUGGUGAGUUUGUCUAACUCAGAACAGAACACAGCUCCUAAUCUGCGCAUUGAUUUAGACAGGGAAUUUCAAAAGCUGUCAGAGCCAUGCAGGUCCAUGAUUACCGUUUGAAAUCAAUGGCCUUUAUGGACAUGUGUUUCUUUAAAGUAGCUUAGGACAUCAAGUCUCUUCCCCCACUUAGAUUUCAAUUUUUGUAUAUCACUUGGCAACUCUUCCCUGAAAACUGACUGCGUAACAUUUUUCCAUGAGCAAACUAAGUUUGCAAUAAAGCUGCACUUUCAAAAAUAAACUUCAGUUUGUAUACAAUUGAAAUAGGAAUCCCUCUGUCCUGUCUGCCACAGUGUUCUGAAAUGGGCCACCACUCUUGCCUUUUCCUGGUUCACCUCUCAUUUUUUCACUACCACCAAUUUCAUGGUUACAUGGCUACCAAGCAGUUACGGGUCUUGAUCUUAGCUUUACAAGGUGGAUCAUUCCAGGUGGGUUUACCUGUUGACUUCAGUGCAUCAGUGUCUUACUGCUGGAUGCCAGAGAUCUAAUUGAGAGGUAGGUGUAGUCAGAGAUAUUUCACACCUCUUCCUCUGGGAAAUCCUGCUGGCCUGGUUAAGGUGGUCCUCAGAGCUGUUAUUUAUGUGGUUCCCCAGUAGAAUCCAUGCUCCCUCACAGAUGUUUUUGAGUAUCAGCUCUUAUAGCAAUUAGCAUUCUUGUCACCCCUUCACCAAAGAGCCAGUGUAGCAAUUUCAGAUGCUCAAUACCUGUUGUGCCCUUUAUAUGUUGACAAAUGGAAUAAGGCUAGUUGAACCUAAAAGCUAAUUUCUUCACAUAAGAUUGGAAUUUCUGAAGAAUGAAAAAAGUUAGACAUAGAAUAGGAUAUAAUUUACGUAAUUUUGGCAAUAAUAGCACCUCAAUUAGUCUCUGUACAAAAAUACUUAACACAAGAUGAAUUUUGACAAUGUACAGAGGCUUAUCAGGAAUAGCUUCGUGCUCUCCUGGUACAUAAGGCAUUCUUUAAGACAUGCUUUGAUGUUUCCUUUCACCUAGGAAGACCUUACACCAACUUUGAGGGGACCCAUAUGUACUUAGAUACCUCAAAGUUGAUUUGUUCUUUGGCUUCAUCAUUAUGAUGCAUGAACUUUGUCUCCUCCUGCCUUCUAGUUCCUCCAGGUUCUUGCUUAGAUCCCUUCUCGUUAGUAGCAUGCUUCUCUCUAUGGCUGAGCAUAAAGGCUUUAAAUUGAUAGUGCUGAGAGGUAGCACAGUUGCAGGUCUGCCUCAGGCACUGUGGAGAAAAUGGCAAUAUCUAGAUUUCCAGCUGAAAAUGGGGAUUUGCAGUUCUCGUUUGGAAAGCACUGAAAGCCCUGAGAAGCUUAUUGCCUGCUAGGCAAAAAUCAGAGAAAAGAAAUUGUCAAAGAGGAAUUGUACCUAAUAGCAAAGAGAAGCCAAGGGUUUUUGUUUUAUUUUAUUUUUUUAUAAAAGGAAGAUAAGUAUUGAAAAAAUAGGACAUUCUGUUGUGAGAUGCCACUGGCUUUAGGGACAUGGCUAGGGCAAAAGACCUAGGACUGAAUCUGAAAACCAGUAGCCAAAUUCAGUUUGAUGCUUUGUCUUGCUGUAACCACAUCUAAAUACAGUGUGGGAUUGAAUCUGCUUGCCAAGAGAGUCCUGCAAAGGUGUACAAUAAACAGUGGGGAGUUUUCUUCCCUGAGAAGCUGGCCCUGGUGGCUACCUAUGCUGCUUCUGAGCUCCAGCUGCCCCCUGAGCUCCUGCAGCCUCCUUGCUGCUGUGCAUCCCUGUAGGCAUUGUCAGGCCUCCGAGGGUAUUUCUCCCUGUCAUUGUGCUGCAGUGGGCUUAAUCCACUCAUGAAUUCUCCCAACAGUAUGAGCCUUUGGGCAGAGAGGAGGGAAAAAUUUUGAGAAGAACCAGCUACAUGCAGUUAACCUUUCAAGAUUUGCAGGGCACAGGAUGGUGGCAGGAACUGCUUUCAGCCAACAAACAAUAGAAAAGUUACCUGCAGUGAUCUUUGGCAGUGAGACAUUUGUGUGGCUGUCCAGGCAGCUUCCCUGAUGGAACUGGGGUAUUUUUUCUUUUGUAUUUUCACAUGUGAAGGAGUCUCCUGUGCAGACCUCUUGCAGGGUCCUGUGGUGGCAGAAAUAGUGACUGAAGGAAUAGUUUGGGGCUAGUGUGCUGGCCGGAUCUUUAGGUCUUUCUCACCUUCUGAUCACAAGGUCUUUCGGGUAACAUUUAAUGAUGGGGAUUUGUGGGCUACUUCUUGUACCUCCUUUAUUUCCUUCCGCUCUACAUUCUUCAUAAUUCUUACUUCUAUUUUUUUCAUUCUCAGACCCUCCUCCAAUGUAAGUUAUGCCAGAUGGUGAGUCUUCUGUGGUUCUGAGCGAAUCUGACUGUAAAAUGAAAAGGAGGAGAGAUUUCUGCAAUUCAUAACAUAUAUUUGGAUGCUAGAAUGACAGUGCAAUAGAUCAAAGUGUUUUUCAGAUCCGUGAGUAGGGAGAUGUUUCACAGCAUGCUAAUAUGUCAUGAACUAGAUGUUGAGGGUACAACAUUGAUCAUGGAAGUGCACAUGCUAGCAGUGAAUAUACAGGCAUUUUUGGCAAGAAUUUACCUUCUCAGAAGUUCCUCUUCUUUUGAGAUGUGUAUCAGUAGAAAGUCAUAAAUUAAAAUUUAAAUCACCCUUUCUGAACACUCUCAAGCCCAAAUAAAAGUAAGGAGGGCUGGUAACAAAAAUCUGUAUUUGUGUUCACUAAACUUAAACUUGGACUUCAGGAGAGGUCUGGACAUAAGAGACCUUAGUUCUUAUCAGUAAAAGUUUCAGUCUUGUCUUUAAAACACUAUUGUUGGGAAAGAAAAGUUUGGGGGAGGAGAAAGAGUUAGAAAAGAUGCAUCUUUAAACAAUUUUCUUACUUGUGUCUUCAGCCUCUUUUUUUAAAAAAGCCCCAAACAGUAGUGACUGUUUUCUCUUUGCUAUCUGGUACUUCCUAUUGUUGUUGACUUCUUUGCUUUCCCCUGUUUUACUCUGCUCCUUCUCUAGCUACUGUGGAAUGAGGUAGUGGAAGCAUGAAAGGACAAAGUGAGCAUGGCUGUAAGUUGACAGCAGUUGUUGGAGAAGGCUUUCUUUAUCUGUCUCCUUGAAGUAAGUGUUGGCACGUUUUCAGUCUACUCUAGGUCAUAGAAUUUGGUGUGGAAGUGAAUAGGGUGAAACUUAGGCUUUUGACCAUAAAACUGUACUUACUUGCUGUAGAAAAAUGCAUUCUUCCCACCCUUCCUCUUGCUAGUCCCCCAAACACACACACAGUGAGAUGUCCAGAGUUACCUGCGUGUCAACCACAUGGGCAUGUUGAACUUGGUCCAGUAAUGCUAAUGUUUAACCUGCUUUCUGUUGUUGUCAGCUGGUGCCCACGGAGAUGAACUCUGGAUAGGUAACGUUCCCAGAUAUCCUCUGGAAAACUUUAACUUUGGUGCAGAUUGCUCUGAUGUAGCUAACUGCGAUGGCAUUGGCUUCUACCUUGGAGUGGACUGAUUUACCCUGAAAUGACUCUCUAACCUGCAUCUUAAACAAUGUAGUUGGUUCUGGUGCAAAUAGGUUCAUUGUGAAGUGAUGGACAUUUUUAUUCUCAUGCAAAAUAGCUACAUCCUACCAGAAGGGGUUGAACCAGUUUCUCUGAACAGUGAUGACCUUCACUGUACAGUUUUGGGUAUGUCUCAGGGAUUCCUUGUGGAAAUAAGGGCAGUUAACAAAAAAACAAAAAACAAAAAAACAAACACAAAAACAAACAAAAAAAAAACAAACAAAAAAAAAGAAAGGAAAAAAGAAAAAAAACAAAAAAAAGAAAAAAGUAAAUAGUUUUAAAAGUAAAUAAUAAUUUAAGGUAGAGCGUCACCUAAGUGAGAGCGCAAGAAGGAGAAAUCUUUGUUCAGUUUUAUAGUCAACAGUGUCUGACUUACGGACUCUUUCUCUUCUCGGGGCUCUCAUCUCAAGUUCAACAUACAGAAUCUUUUUCAUCACGCUCAGCUUUAAACUUUUUAUUUAAAGAUACCCUUCCCCAAUGAGCUUUCAGAAUACUUAUUGUAGAUUUUAAGAGAAAUGGUAUAUUAAUUUAUGCUAUUAACAUCACCUCAUAAAUUAUAAGUUUUAUACUAAAGCUGUAUUGAGUGUAAUGAAUUAUGUUGCAUAUGUGUUUUUAAUAGCUAUAAAAUUAUAUACAAGCUUUUUUGGAAAAACAAACUAGUGAAGCACCUUUUUACACUGGAUCUUUGCCGUGUCAAGGUGUACAGCUAUUCUUUGCUACCUUGCAGAUAUCUAUAUCUAUAUAUAGAUACAUAUAUAAAUAAAAUAAAAUGGUAUCCUGUAUCAACAAGUAUAGAACUCUUUUUAACCCUUAUAUUACUGUUCCUAUAACUCUUUUUAAAUUUUGAGUGUUACAUUCUGCAAUAAUUUAUCCGUGGUUUGUACCUAUGAUUAGAAAUUUAGUUACAGGGUAAAUAGAUCAAAUUUAAAAAUCCAACUACUGUAGCUGGGAGUUGUGAAUCAAGUUUGUAAGACCUUUUCUUUUUUUUAAUGUAUUUAUUUCCAGUUAGCUCUGUGAGUUGGAAUUUGAAAAGUUGGAACAUUAGGAAUCUACAGUGUCUUAUUCAGGAAUUUUCCCCUCCUUUCCUCACAAAGGAAUUCCCACUGUGACUUAUAAAUAGAAUUAGACUGCUUGUGUGCAUGUAUGUAUUAUAUAUACACACAAAAAAUAUGCAUUGGGGGGGAUGUAUGUGCGAUACGAAUGUGUAUAUUGUAUGUAGGUCAUAGUUCUGUAAAGAGAAAAGUAGUCAAGAGGUGAUGGAAUGUAUUGUAGAAAUGUGAUUAUUUAGUAGGGGGUUGUUAUGUCCUCACUGUUGUAUAAAUAACUGAAACUCUCUACUAUAUAAUCUUCUGUUAUAAGGCUAACUCUGAUAUCAUGUCAAUUUUACUGUUUUUCAAAUGAGUUCCUUUGAGCCCUGUUUAAAAUGCCAUGAAAAUACCAAGCUCCCAAAGACAGCCUUUAAAUAAAACAAAUGGGGGAGGAGGAGUGAUGGAAGAAAUUAGUUUUUCAGGACAAACUGAAUGGGUUUGUGGGACUCAAGCAAACUCAGUGGGAUGGAGAGGCGUGAGAAUUGCUGUGUCUUUGCAAAUUAAUACCCAAAUCUCCUACGGUCUGAUUUGGAAAAUGUUGUCAAUCAGUGUACUUGUGUUUUCCAAUCAGAUUGUAAGGGUUACUGUUUCUGCAGUGGUCUUUUUUCCAUAAAAGGAUCUUGUCUUCAAAGUAAAUUUUUUUUCUCUUCUAAGGAUAUUUGUGUACAUCAAUUUUGCCCCAAAAUUGCUGUUGUGGGAUUGCAGAACAAAAUAUGCAUUCAGUCAAGGGAGUUUCAUUUAGGCUGUGAAAUUCUGAAUUUGAUUGUGACCACUUACCUUUUUUUCAUAAUUGGAGAAGGAAGAUUUCUUUAUGGGAGCUAUCACUUGAAAUUUUGAGAAGUCAGAAAUAUUCUUGCAGAUUGGCUUACUCUUCAUACUGUUCUAUUUAGUUUGGAGAAAAUAAUCUAAUUGUUAUUUACUCAUACAGUAUCAUUUUAAGUAUGAUGAUCCUGGUGACUUUAAAAACCUUUUUAGAAAAACAGAGCUUCUAGUAUUGAACAGAAAUUUGAAUUUUUUUGCAAUUGUUUUUAAUAGUCUCCUCCAUAUCAUGAUGUUGAUACUCCCCCAGGUAUCCCUCCCCCUCUUCUUCUCCCCAAAAUUUUUUGCUGGCACAUAUGCAUACAGACAAAAGGGUAGGGAGGUGGAAGUUUUCCACCUUUUCUUCUGCUUAUUUGGUGGUAAUGGGAAUUAGGAGCAUAGAUCUUUAUGCCUUUUUGGAGGAGAAUAGACCCAUUUUUGUGCACACCUGUACAGAGAGAUACAUCUGUAUGUGAGAUAAUGGUAGAAUUUUGCUGAAUGUGGAGUUGCCCUCAUGGUGUACAAUAAAUAUGUAUGAAUGCAAUCAAUCUAAAUCUAUGUAUACAUGCAUACAGACUGAUAGAUGGAAUAUACCUUGUAUCACACUCCUAUACAUUAGCUAUAACAUGAGUGAGGGUGUGAGCUAAAGAGAGGGACUGUCCAUGUAACAUAUGUGUAACAGGUAAGCACUUGUGCCAAACAAGUUGUUUUAGAUUCUUCUGAGGGGUCUGGAUGACUCAGAGACUGAUCGGAGCUUGGCCACCAUUGUUUUGUGUAACUUCAGCCCUUGCAGUGGAGUUUCUUUGCUACGUCUCUGCUUUUGUUUUAUAUAUAGUCUCGUUUCGUUGAGGCCUUUUGCAAAAUGCCAGCUUUUUCUGCUUCUCUGCUCCAUUGCCUCUAUUCCAGCUCCUCCUUGUCCCUGCAUCUCUGCAGUUUCUCUUGCUACCAGCAGUCAGCUUUAAUGGCCCAAUCCAGCUCUGCUUAUGCAUGAAGGAAUUCUCUUGGUGACUGAAGUGGUAGCUGAAUUGGGCCCUGAGAGCCUGCUUGAACUUAUGCAAACUUCCCCAGCUUCAAUUGUGAUUCAGUAGGACUGUGAUUGACUUGCAGAUGAAUACAAACUUUUCAUGGAACCUGAUGCAAAGCUUCCUAGCAUAUUGAAAGGUUAACCCAGCAUUAUAUUGAAGUGGUCAAAAUGAGAAAACUACACCUCCCAAAUACUACCUUCUAAUUUUCAGCAUUUUUUCUCUUUAAGGAGGAAAAAGAAGUUUGAUUUGUGUUUCCCAUAGCACAGGCACUAAGCAGAAGGCAGCCCUGUGCUCUGUUCUGAGCAAAGGGGUUGUCAUCAAACAUAUCAAAAGAAACACAGUUUAUUGCACUUCACCAUAAAACAUAUUUUCAAAUGGAGUGCAGAGUUGACCAUUAACAUGCUAGCACUUUGCAUCUAAUUGUGUAUUGGGUGAUCUUGCUUAUGCAAGUAAAUUAUGGGCUUAAGUGUUUUGUUUUCUGUUUUCUGGCUAAAUGGAGCUUCUAUAUCCUUUUAGCAGAAAGCAGCUGUCAGCAACCUGCUCAGUCACAUUGAAGUGCUGUGUAACUUAGGCUUCAGUUUCAGAGGAGAAUGCUGCUCCAGUUCUGUCAUCGAGCCAUACUGGAUUCCAUGUUUUCAAUAUGGCUAUGGCACAAUUUUUCUUGGCCACAAUUCAGCCAUGGAAUUUUGUCUUCUUUGCAUUUCUGUUAGAAAAAGGUAACUGGUGUACUGUUCCAUCUGAGCUUUCAUGCAGUCAUACACAACUUCUCUGAUACAUAUGUUGGGACGUGUGUAUGGGUAUGUCUGUGUACUGCGUGUGGAUAAUACAGAUUGAUACGCACACGCCUAUUAUGCUAUUUUGGUUUAUGUAUGUGGAGAACGUACCUGUUGGUUGUCUCCUGAUAUUUACUCAUGCAUACCUAUAUUAAAUAUGUAUAUAGAGUGUAGAUGUCCUGCAUAUACAUAUGUAUAUGUUAUGAUACUUGGUUGGCAAUUUUUUUGACACUUUUUUUGCAAAUUGCUGUCCCUUAUUACUUAUUUUCACUGAAUAUAGAAGAAAUGGAGAAAUGUGUUAUCAAAGUUUUAUUUUAAAAAGGAGACUUUUAAUUAUCUAAAGCCAUCUGUAAUUGUCUUUUGAAUUUUUUACUAGAAGGGUUGUUAUUUUAAAAAGGAAAAGAAAAAAAAAGGAAACAAAAAACCAAAAGCAAGCAGACAAGCCCUUAUUCCCACCAUUGUUUAGGUGAAAGAAAUGGAAACACAAGUUUCUAAGUGUUUAUUUCCUUCAGGUGUUUCUGAGGCAUACAGUAAUUGCAUUCUGCCCCAUCCCCCUUUUGUCCAAUUAUAAUUAAUGAUUCAUGAUUUUCUUUUUCCCUCAAUACUUUCAUAAAUUAUUGUUCACCUCCUACAUUCAAUAGUACUUAUAUCACUAAGGAGAUUUCAUGUCCUUCUGUCCUUUUUAGGAGAAAUGCCAGUGCAUCACUAUUGUGUUUCAUUUUAACAUACUUUGUGGAGGAUGGAUGUUUUAAUUGAAGAUGUCUGUAACCCGUCUAACUUAUUUAAUGUGAGAAGCCUUCAUUGGAAUAUAUCGUCUGUUUGUUUCCAACAAGUUCAAGUUUCUGCAACUGUUUUUUCACCAACACGUUAAAUAAUUCCCUCCUUCUUUUAUGCCUGAGGUUUUAAAAUUUGGGUUUGUUUUUUGGGGUUUUUUUCCCUCCAAUUCCCAGAAAUGUUUAUCUACAAGUGGAGCAAAACAGAUGUCAGAAGCUCAAUCAAUAUCCUUUUUGCAGUUAAGGGUAAAUAUAUUUAUCCUAGACAUAAUAAAAGAAGGUGGCAAAUGGACAAUCUGAAGUGCUUAGAGGGAAUGCUCUCUCUUUUUAAGGCUGUCUCCGAGAAGUUUGUGUUUGGUGUCAUUUUAAAGGUAGCUUGAUUAUGCUUUGAUAUCAGAAACAGCCUUGUAACAAAGAGCCUCAUACAGUUGUUCGGUCACUAGAGUUUAAAAUGUAAACAAGUUGCAGUGGGAAAGCAAAGGUGAGGCAGUGUAUUUUGAACCAGUGAAUUGUAGCUUGCAAACGUACCUGAUUUUGAAGUAACUGCAUGGUAGCAAGGAUUAGCAGUCUCUUACACCCCUUCUUUCUUCCCUCUCAUCCCUGACACUUGUGUUCAGCAUACCAUACAUUGGGAAAAAUAAGCAACUUCCUCCCGCAACGCUAAUCCACUUAAUGACUGCUUAAAGGGAACAUACAAACGGGCACUGCCACGUCCCAUCUCAUGGUAUUAGCUGGAAGACUGGCUAAUACGCACAAACAGCCCAGCCCAGCUUGCUUCUGUGGAUGUGUCGCUUUGGGAGAGUGUGUGUGGUGCAUGGAGGUGCCCAAGAAGAAGGGUCCCUUCCUUCAGGGUCCCUGGCAGCAAUGGCAACUCGCACCACUAUUUCUAGUGCUGGAGGCUCACGGACAGCAUUCCAGGGGCGGGGAGGAAAGCUUGUGUUUGUACUUUCCCUUUAAAUAGGAAAGGUUGGCUCACAUGUUCCUCAUACUUCUCAAUGAAUGUACUGUAUUACCAUUUAAAAAAAAAAAAAUCAAUUAAAUGAUAAUAGAUUGGUCUCCUUUUGUUAUCUGGUCCUUGUUUAAUUUGUUUAAGGGUUUUUGUAUACAAAAGUUUACAUUUUUAUGUAUAUUUUUCUUGUGUAAAAACUGAUGUAAUAUGUGUAUAAAACACUGUAUGUAUUAUCUGUAUAUAGUGUGACAAAAUGAUUUUCUUUCUUUCUUUUGGAUGUAUUAAUAAAUCUUGCUGUGAAG